CAGGCUGUGGGUUGGAGAGCCACGGCUUUGGACAGUCAAGGUAGAGCGAGUAUACACUGUCUGGUGUGGAUUUUACCUGGUUUGCUGUGGUAAGAAGUGACCAGGUUUCAGUGUCGGUGACCACCUGAUCAGUAAGCCCGGCGUUACCGUACAGGUCUAAACGAACUUCAGUCCAGCAGAGCUUGUGUUUCACGAGUGUUAUUAAUCAAGGUUUCUGGCAAGCGAGGUAACCCCGGGUAUUAGCAGGUGUGGCUUGAUGUUGCCAGCCGCUGUACGUCAACUAUACCUGGCGGACAAUGCUGUGGAGACGUUAACUCACUGUGGAAAAGACAACCUGUCCAGCUCUAUACUGAUUUAGUGAUUUUGAAUUAUUACUCUGGGCUGAGUUGAAAGCGUGCUUGUUUGGAGAGAUUCAAGGUUCUUAUCAAUAUAUUCUCCUACGUGCGGAAUCGCCUCGCCUCAUCAUGCAGGCGAUUAGACUUGCAUUUGUACUGAUGGUUCUGGGAGUUUUACCUGGGAAUACAUCCGGUAAGGUUAUGAACGGCCAACUGAGCAGCGGCUCAGAGAACUGGAAGUUUAUGACACGAUUCUGCUUCAUUUCCAUGCAAGGAAAGUUUGAGUUUUACUUUGAAUACCCUGAGGAAUAUGCAGAUCAGGACUUGCUGCUGUACUAUGACCAGAUCUGGCUGCCCGUCUAUACAGAUAAAACCUCGAAUUGCUCUGCUAAGAAAGGAGUGUUGCGCGAACACCUUGGACAGAUCAUUACGCUAUCUCCGUCCUACACGUACAAAUGUAAUAAUUUCAAGAAAACCAGACGGUAGCAACUGGAUCAAUUGCACUGACUCACGCACGUUCCGCACCGCCAGGGAGCGCUGGUGGUUUUUCGUCUUGGCCAGCUGUACAACACCAAGAGGGCUUCAUCUGACCUACCGGCUUCAUAUGACAAACGGACAUGACUGGUGGAAUAAAGAGUUCUCGGCGGAUGAAAUAUAUAUUUUGCCGAUCGUCAUAGUGGCAUUUUUCCUGAUGGUAAUUAAGUUAGCGUUGUCGAUAUUUGUUGGAGUUAAGCUGGCCUCCAAGCAACUGUUUCAUACUACAUACAAGAUGUACAUCACAUCCAUGGGAUUCUACACCUUCCAUCUCUUUCUCCAAUUGGUGGCUUACUGGAAAUAUGCUAAUGACGGUUUACCAGACAGUUUCCAUGGUACAAAGCUUUUUGGUCGUCUCAUGGAAGCAAUCAGCAGACUGAUAUUUCUACUCCAACUCAUCCUCAUUGCAAAAGGUUUCACGAUCACCAGAGGGCGUUUGAGUCGUAGCGGAAGUAUCAAGAUUGCCGUCUUCAUGACACUGUACACGAUCCUCUACGCCGUAGUCUUCAUCUGGGAAUCUGAAUUUUUUGACGAAGGGAGAGUGUUGUACUUUUACGAGAGCAUUCCCGGGUAUUGCAUUAUUGGCUUACGUGUGCUAAGCUGGUUGUGGUUUGUCUAUGCAAUAAUCUUCACCUUAAAACACUACCCAGAAAAAAGGGUCUUCUAUGCCCCGCUCGCUACACUGUAUACAGUCUGGUUCUGGGCGAGCCCUGUGGUGGUGCUGAUCGCUGUGACAGCCAUGGCCAAAUGGACCCGAGAGAAAACAGUUGUGGGCGUGGAAUGUACUAUCGCUUCAUUCGGAUAUUUGUUCUUUUUGGUGAUUACCUGGCCAUCCUUGGCAAACAAGCACUUUCCGUUCCACGUGAGAACAACACAGAUUGAUGUCAUGACAGACGUCCCUCAUGUAAAAGAAAACGAGAUGGGAUUUCCGAGUGACGGCGAGGUGAAUGCGCAGAGCACCACAAAUUACACUCUGACGCAGUCCGAGCGUACUUCCGGUCCUAACUUCACGGAGCUGUUCACCGUAUCACAGACACGAAGUCGCCCGGAUGAUAACCUUAUCGGCAAAACUCGGCAUGGUCAACUUCCGCCGUUGAACGCUAGGCCUGCUCCAUCCGCUCCUGCUCUGGAUUUACCGGACUAAUGCCAACGGCCAUCAUGAGCACAAGGCUCACCCAGAUUAACUCAGAUUAGCCUCGUCUGGAGCCAGCUGAUGGUGCAUCAGAUCUGACCCUGGACGCAUAACAUAUCAGUAUUCACAGUUUGUUUGCCACACUUAGUCGUCAUUUGAUGUUGUUUUGUUAGCGUUUAAUAUUCGCAAAAAAUGGAUUUUUCUUUGGGAUUGUUUUUUUGUGAUUCGUUUCCGACUUCGUGACGAUGUACGCUUUAACCAAAUUUAAUCAACCCGUAGCAUCGUACGAUGAAGCUUGUUUGGACUUGAAAUGCAUUGACUACCGUUUUGCUCACCAGUCUUCGUAAUGUUUUUUACAUGUAUUUGUAGGCAUAUAUUUAUUUCUUUGGUUGCAAACUGAGAACCAUAUGGUCUCAUGCUCCCACCAAAACAUGACAGGAUAUUAACUCCAUUGUCAUUCACUUAUGGUCCGAGUAAACAGUGGUAGUUGCGACAGUAACAUGUUACUUCUUCAUUUUUGUUCACUUGACCACCUUUUUCGCUGAGUUAAGCUGUAUAUAGAGGCACACACACCGUAAAUUCAAAUCGAUGCAGUCGGCUCAAUAUCUAUGAUAUUGAUUAGUGAAAUAUUUCAGAUUUGUCUGUUGAAAUUCACCGAGCAUUAGCUUAUUGAAAUAUUAGAUGGUAUACUAACCCAAGGGAGCAUGUAGAUUUGUUCACUAGAUUCACCACUUUGGUGUUAAUUUUGUACAUAGAUAUGUACGUGUAUUGUUUGUGGCUUUUGCCACACUAUCGUGCAGUUCUAGAGAGUGCUUUAAUUUAUUUUGUCAGAUUUUUGUUACUUUUAAAGAAAGUUUGCCAAUGUGCCCCAUGAGCUCUGUUUGAUUGUUCUACGAUUUAAAUCACCUGUAUCGAGAUCGGUCAAAACUCAUAUUUUAAUAAACUGAACGCUAAAAUAUCACAAACGAAAGUAACUGAAUAUUUUCAAAUAUUGAGCUGAAAAGGAAAAUGGUUGUAUAGACUUGCAGUGAGUACGUUUAAGAAAAUGAAAGACAAUAAUUGAUUUAUGGCAGAAAGAAACAGCUCUGUAACUCUGUCGGCCUGUCUGUCUAUCAUAUUUUUGACAUCCUAGAUGUUAACAUGGUCCACCCACACAAAGAGGGGCCUGACCUCUAGAAGAUAUCAGCUAUUUGCGGGAUGUCGCUGAUAUUGUAUUUCAGUUGAAAUUUACAAAGUGAUAAUAUAUGUUUUUACAUGAUAUUAUAUAAUGUAUGUAAGGUCACACGAACGAUUUGUUUUCAUAUGGAUGAAACAAGGAAAUCAUAGUAUUAUCAAUGCAAACUCCCUCCGUGUAUACACUGUUCUAUAUGUCUUUUUUUUGGCAUGAUCAGCUGUAGUUUAUGUGCACAGUUUGCUCAAUUUUUGUACCAUUCACCGUUAUUGCCAUUUUGGAGCGCCUUAGCUUUUUGUGAUACGUCCAGAACUGUUACAUCUGCUGUCAUUGAGGUCAUUACAGAUCGUCGUAUGCUGUUAGAAAAGGCUCUGUUUCGUAUAUGAUGCCCGGUAAUGGUCAUCGGUUGCUGUGUGUAUAUUAAUUGCGCUAGGGGAAUAGAUUUCAUGUCCUGCAUUCAUAUCAAUUCCGUCCACGAUUUGCUUUUAGUAUUAUAGUUAACAUAUGUAAAUUUAAAAUUAAGACAUUUUGCUUAUGUUUAUGGAUCUAUGUUUAAUAAAUAAACUAUUUACAUAAU